UUAAUCACGACCUCUAAGUGCUCUAUCUUCUUAUCAGUUGAUUCUUUCAACUAACUAACAACAAUGAUAAGGGUGUUGUAUGCUGCGCUGCUACUGGUACCAGUAUCAGCAGAUUACGACUGUGUUUGCAACUAUAAUGUUGAAGAGGGAGUAUACGGAACAGCAGCUACAGGCCAACCCAUAGGCUACUUAUACGAAUUUGACUGUAAACCACAAGCAGGUCCAGACAGUGGAGACUUUUAUCAGGUCAUGUACGAAAAACAGGUAGCGUACAUCAAGAAGAAUCCGCAGGUGCAACUACAAACUUGUCCAGGCGAAAUUCCUGAUGAAGACAAAUUAACGACAGUAGCUGGUAUGACGACGAUGCCACCUACUACAGCUAAGGUGUUUACCUCAAAUCCUACAACCACACCCCAACCUACCACACCGCCUACCAACACGCCCACCACUACACCCACCACCACGCCCACUACCACUCGAACAACACAUACAACUACGCCUACUACUACUCUAACUGAUUCAACACCUUCACCGUCUACUACACCAGUAGCCACUAUACCACCAACGACAAAGCCAGGAAAGGUGCCGGAAGGCCAUGUAGAAAUAUGCCCAGAUUAUGUAAAAAAUACGGAUGUAAAUCGCUUUGACGGUUUUCUCGGGCAGUACGGCGAAUUUUGCUACGAGCUUGUUAAUCAAUCUACCCAGUAUGUAAACGCCGAAAGGCAUUGUGCUAUAGUUUCCUCUGGACAUCUGGUGCAUAUAUUGAAUCAAGAUGAACAGGACUUCCUUGUGAGGUUCCUCAACAAGCAUCAUUAUGUUGAUGCCGUCUGGACUGGACUGACCGACAGUGGUAAUGCCAAUGAGGGUACAUGGAGAUGGAGUUCAGGAGCACCAUAUAAAUACAACAAUUUUCAAGGAGAGUAUACCCAACACACUUCCAACACACACAAAUUAAAUGACUGUGUAGUUUUAAAACAAGGAGGAGAAUGGACAGACGUAGCUUGUGGAGUAGCAUUUAUUCUGGGCGCUGGCUUCGGAGAAAGUCAUCCUUAUAUAUGCCAGUACAAUGUUUCUUCAUCACUACCAUCAAUAGUACAAGCUUUUCCUGACGUUGUGGUUGGUUAGCCACGCCUAGAAACGGACAUAAGUCACACAAAUAUUGUGUUGCUUUAUAAUAAAGCUGAUUUUCAUGUGGAAACGUACAAAGUGUUUGAAUAACACCAUCUGUUACAUACCCUUUAUGAUGCAUUGUGAAAAUAAUAUACAUCAGAAAACAUAUAUGCUUCUAAUGCCAACCACUACUGUUCUUUAAAAAAACUUUCUGUAUAAUUCUUUCAUGUGAGAAAGUCCUCCAAUUUGCUAAUGAAGGUCGGUGGUUCUACCUACGUAGCUGCCUGUGAGGAGCGACACAAGCGUUCAUUUUUUUGCCUUUCAUAAGCUUGUCAUAAGAAUAAAACUGAAACUAA